AAUGUAAUUCAUGGUUAAUUUGACACCAGAAAAGCUGACCUACCCAGAGCUGGAAAAUGUUAGAAGCUCAGAGUUCUGUUGAAGGUGACAUUGGAUGCCAGCUGGACACAGAAAACAACCAGCGCAGACCACUGGCGCCCCAGAAUGGAGAACAUCACAAUGAGCGUCAAACUAAGUGCAUUUCUGUGCAGACAGAGUAUAGUAAGCAAGAUGCGGAGACAAUCACAGAUGGGGAGACAGAGAAGUUUCUUAAGCAACUCAUCAGCUGCAGAGAACAGCUAAAGAACAGUUACCAAAAGGUGCUCGACAGACAGACCCGUUUAGAAAAAAACCUGCAAGUUCAAAUCAAACAACUGAAGCAGAAGAGAGAAGAGGAAACGCACAAACAUAAGGAGAAUUUAAAAUCUAUUCAAGAUUUGACAAUUAAGAAGGAGGAGGCCAGAAAAAAGGUGGAGAAGGAGGGGAGAGAACUGUCUCAGAAAGAACAAGAUCUGAGCUCUGAGCUUGUCAAGCUGCAAAGCAAGAGUGAGAGCCUUAAGCAGGAGCAAGCAGAGUUUGAAAAUAAGAUCGUGGAGCUACUUGCUGAGCAGGCUACAGAAAGGGAGGAGUGGGACGCUGAACUGGCAUCAUUGAAGAAGAAAGAAAUUGAGGUGACACAGGGUGCAUUGAAGGAACUAGAGCGCGCACAAAAUGCUGAGGUGCUUUCACUUGAGAGCCGGAGAGACUUGCUGCUUAUAUCUUUAGAAGAAGCAGAAAAAGAUGCAGAAGUAACUUUAUCCUACCUUCGAGUUGCUCCACCUCAUAAGGAAUGGCUUCAGCUUAAACACAGAUGGGAUUCUAGGCUCGCUGGAAUCCAGCAAAUGAAAGCAAAUCUUCAGGAACAGUUUGAGGUGCAAAUAAAGCAGGUCAAAGGUGGGGCUAAAUUAAGCAGCCUUCAUUCAAUAUUGGCUCCAGAUCUUCCUCCUCCUCCUUCUGAUCCCAACCUCAUGUUACAGAAAAUUGCUUUUGGAGCUCCUCCAAUAUCGAACCAAGGCCCAGCUGCUCAGUUAUCAGCAUUAAUACCACCUCAUGGUCAUGCAUUCCAGCAGCCACUUCUGGGUCCAUCACCUUUCCUUCAUCAGCGUCCACCUCUGUUGGCAUUUACUCCAGGGAACUUAAUGGGUACCAUACAGUCAGCUCCAAGAUCACCCGGUAUAUCCGAUCUUCACAGUCCUGAAGUUUCAGGGCCCCCAAGUAUAGACAAGCUAAGCAAGAUUUUGGAGAAGCUGCAAGCCAGGUUCCCACAAUGCAACAAAGCUCAUUUGACUGACAUUUUGCAACGUGUGAAGAUGAACCGGGGUACACUUUCUGGCCUUACUGUGGAAGAACUGUGCCAUCUUGUAGCUACCCAGCUGCUAAGAGAACCUCCAAAUCCAUCUCUUAAGGUGACACAGCCCAUCGGACAUGGUAGACCCCAGUAUCAGAACACACAACGAGCUUCACCAUUCUUGUCUGCUGCAGCAGCAUAUGUGGGGCGCCCGCAGUUGUGCCUCAUCUGUCAACAUAAUGUACAGCUCCAUGACCUGCAGCCCAUGUCUUGCAAUCAUGUCAUGCACAUAGUGUGCAUUCGAUCCUGGUCUAUGACCAACAAAACCAAUUCCUGCCCCUUCUGCCCAAACCAAAGAUGACUUCAGGAGUUAUGGAAGCCUAGUGUUGCUGCUGUAUGGAAAGUGGCCUAAC